GUCCAUAACGGGGAAAGCAGAACCCGCCAUGCCCGGCAGGCUCUACGUGCACCCGGACUCUCCUGCAACAGGAGCGCACUGGAGCCGCCAGCUGGUCUCCUUUCAGAAACUCAAACUCACCAACAACCACUUGGACCCGUUCGGACACAUAAUACUGAACUCCAUGCACAAAUACCAGCCUCGACUCCACAUYGUCAAAGCGGAUGAAAACAACGGCUUUGGCUCAAAAAACACUGCUUUCUGCACUCACGUCUUCCCAGAAACGGCCUUUAUUGCAGUGACGUCCUAUCAGAACCAUAAGAUCACUCAGCUGAAGAUAGAGAAUAAUCCUUUUGCUAAAGGGUUCAGAGGCAGCGACGACAACGAGCUGCAUCGCAUGGCCAAGCUUCAGGGGAAGGAUUACCCCGUCGUGCCUCGCAGUACCGUUCGUCAGAAAGCUUGCUCUGCCGCAAGCCCCUUCAGUGGGGAGAGUCGGGGUCUGCGRAGCUCCCCUGAAGCCGUGGGGUCCCCCUACAGCUGCGAAGAUGGCUUGACCGGCGGCAGCCCUCAGGAGCUGCUGGGCSCUCCACCAACACACUUCAGCCACUCCCAUCCACACCUGCAGGCCGGCCCGCCGCAGGUUUACUCCUGYAGCAAGAGGAAAGCUGAAGAGAACUGCUCUUCAAGAAGCCACCACACGUACAAGAAACCCUUCCCUGAUGGCUCGCCGAGUGACGAGGACUCCUACUAUCACCCCUCCUCCUACCCCCCUCCUCCUCACCCGGGCUUAUCCAACCUCCCUGCUUUGGGUCUCACCAACUCUCCCUACAGCUCCGACCUGGGACAGCGUCAGGCCUGCAUGUUUGCGGGCUCGGAGCCCAGAAUGGAUGAAUUUAGCUGCGCGUCUUGGUCGUACACCUGCCCGCUUCCAACCACCAUCGCCCCCAUGGAGCCCUACCCGCCUUACACCCCUCACCCCCCUUACAGCUCCAGCCCUCAGGGCUCCCGGCUCAGUGUUUUAGCCCACCAGAGCUCGUCGCCGCUGGGGGAGCACAUCGUUGCCCACGAUCCCUAUCAGAGCCAGAGCUCCGGACUUCAUUCUCAGAGCUCCCACAACCUUCACGGCAGGCAUCUGGGCUCUCCUCUCCGGGAGUAUCCUCGCUACACCCCUAAUCUGUCACCGCCCCUCUACCAAACCCUAGACACUCACGCACACAUAAGGUGUGGAGUCCCAGAGUGGAGUGCAGCCUCCUAACUAAACCAGAAAACAAACGCGAAAAAUGAAUGGAAUUAAGAAAAAAAUCACUUAGCCCUCUUUCUGCUCUUCUUAGACAUGCUGAACUGUGUACAGACUGAAUACUUUUGUAAAGUUCUUUUUGUAAAGCGUGUGUUUCGUGCAAAGAUCUAGUGUUUAUUUCCUCUGCUGAGUGGAGCUGUGGACCAUUAAGACCUGAACUUGGACAUUGAUGAUGCUCUGGAAAAAAAAAAGGUGGCUCCUUCCAAGCAGCACAGUGAACAUUGUUGUAUUUUGGAAGCUGAAUGACUGAUGUCAUCCAGACUGUUUGCACUGUGAGCCGCUUUAAGGCCUGAACAUGAGCAGCACUGUGCUCUUUCUCUCUCUCUGAUCCUGAAGGAUGCAAACUGUGAUCCCCAUCAGACAGCUCCAUUUAUCAUUUCUCUGAACAGAACCCAAGGGAGACGUUUUCCUCCUCACGUUCAGUCUCAAUGAAGAAGAAAAGGCCAUUUGUGUGUGUGUGUGUGUGUGUGUGUGUGUGUGUGUGUGUGUGUGUGUGUGNGUGUGUGUGUGUGUGUGUGUGUGUGUGUGUGUGUGUGUGUGUGUGUGUGUGCAUGCAAAGCCUCUGUCAGCUCAGUUCAAGGAAGCUGAGAGUUCAUUUCCAACGAGACGAGCUGCAGGCGCCGCGCCAUUGAGAUAAACACUUUGUUUAGAACACGYGCCACGAGGCGGCGAGACCUGCAAACAUGAUUUCCGGUGCAUUCUGGGUAAAUGCACAACUCAGCGUCACACAGCUGUCACUGCUGUCCUCUCAGUCACCCCCCGCGUCCGACCAAUCAGCCUCCUCUGUUUACGGAGAAGCAGCCAAUGAAGGCUCGGGUCCGAUUUAUGCCCUGUUGACCAGUCAAAGUGGCAGUGUGUGUGUGUGUGUUUGUGUGCGUGUGUGUUUGUGUGCGUGUGUGUUUGUGUGCGUGUGUGUGUCGACCCAUUUUUGUUUGUGUGUGAAUUAUUCAUAAGUCUGCGGUUGAUCUCUGACGUGAGGAUUUCUCAGCAGCAGAAAUGAAUGUGAGGAUGUUAAACUUUUAUUGGCCAACAAGAGGUCAAAUUUAUUUUGAAGCUAAAAUAAACUCAUUAUUUCUGAUUAUUUCAAGUACUUGUACUAAACUGUAAAAAAAAAGCAUUUGUACCUUUUUUUUUUUUCCCUGAGAAAACAGACAACUUGGGUUUAUUUUUUGAGUGGCAGUUCAUAUUUAUCUAACCUGGUGUUUCUACAGGGUGCUUAGAAAGCAACAUAAAGGUCCUUAUCAUUCCUUAUUCUGUAUUUUAUUUGUGUGUGUGUGUGUGUGUGUGUGUUUGUGUGUGUGUGUGUGCGUGUGUGUGCGUGUGUGUGUGUGUGUGGCAGUGUUAAUGUCAGCAUUGUUCUUGCUCAUAGUAUUUAUUACUCUAGGUUUGUAAAUGUCGUUACCUUGUGCAACAGGAUGAUUGUUCAGAUACGUAUGUUUGUUUUGAUUUGAGGGUUUAUCUCCAGURUCACUCUCCAUUCCAAAGUGGUGAUCAAUAGUUGUGACAAACAGACAAAAUGUUCCUGUUUUAUGGACAAAUAUAAUAAAAUAAAAGGGAUUUAUAAACAGAAGUUGAAUAAACUUUUCUAGACAGA